GGUCAGCCAUAUCUACUCGACUUCUCUUUGCUGGCCAAAAGAAGUUCCAGUCGUCUAAAAUUCGAAACGCAACAAAAACACCUAUCUUCUUCGACGCCAAUAUUGCUUUCUUUUACAUUUCACCCCGUUCUUCUUGACCUCGACGUCUUAUCCUUUUUACACGACAUCAUGCUUUUCCUUCGUUCUAGGAUCGAAGUGUACACCGUCUUGGUCUUUGGGCUAUUUUAUGCUGCGUUCAGUUGUGCCGCCAUGCCGCUGUCUCAAAGUGAAUUAUCAACCCGCGCUGAUAAUGCUGAGCUGCAGGAGGUAUCCUUCUCGAUCGAAUUUCCUGAACCGGAGGCAAAUGAACGUCAUCUCUAUGACGUACAAAAUAAAGACUUGACGGUCAAACAAAUACAAACAUACAUGGACAGAGUUGCAAUUGGUUUUGGUUUUCGGCCCAUGGUUCACAUCGAUGAUGCGACAGGAACACCUUACAGACAAGACAGAGAUCAUGCUGUUCUGUUUUCGUUCAGGUUGCAAACCCCCCAAUCGGUGUCGGAAAAGAUCCAGCGAGAAUGGGGAUUCUCAAACGAUGUAUACAUCCAGGUUUCUCAUCCCUUUGUACCCAGAUCCCUCGCGAUUCUAAAUCCUCAAAAUCAACAAAUAUUCAGAAUGAGAGAUACAGAUUUGCGGACAACAUCCAAGCGUUAUACGCUUCCUCCCGCGGAAGUGGUUCAUCUUUCGACAGAAUGACAGGAUGGAUCGUGAAGAAGAAUGAGCAUCGCGGUCUCCUUUGUAUCUGUCUCAUUCUUGUUGCGAUGUUAUUCAU